AUGGCUCCAAAGACGAAGAAGACGAUCAGCAAAAAGCCCGCAGGCAAAAAGGUCGCCCAAGAGCCUCCGGCCGCCACUUCCGGGAAGCCCCGAAUGUUCGGCAUGUCUUUCGCCAGGAUCUACCCACUUUAUGUGCAGAAGGUCGAGAAGAAGGGGCGUAAGAAGACCGACGUGGACCAAGCUAUUUGCUGGCUGACGGGCUACACCCCCCAGAAGCUGAAGGAGCAGAUCAAGCUCGAGAAGGAUGUUGAGACCUUCUUUAACCAGGCACCACGGCCCAACCCGAAGGCCAGCAAGGUCACAGGGACUGUCUGUGGCGUCGUGAUUGAAGAAAUCAAGGACCUAGUGAUGCGCAAAGUUCGCGUUCUGGACAAGCUCGUGGAUGAGAUUGCCAAGGGCAAGCCCAUGGAUGAAGUCCUGCGAAAGUAG